CAAACGUUUCUUACUUGUUCAACCAGUCGGCGCUGUUCGCUCCAAACACAGCCGUCCCCCUGUUCAGUACACAUGUGCUUCCGUAAAUGAGAACCGCAAAGCGAAGCGCGCCCCUGCCGUGAAAUGUCGCGCUUGAGGUUUGUGAUCGCUAAUGCGAGUGCACAAGAGGAGGUUAUGUAUUCAAAAAGAACGGGUUGUUGAUACGGCGUGAGAAAGCAAUCCGGGGAGACAGAAAUUGAUUUUAUUCGCAUUCAGUGGCGCACCUCUUAUGGCAUCAUUUAGCGCUACAGUUUCUGGAGGAGCUCACAUUGACAUUGAACCUGGUCCAGACAUUCAUAUCUGUGGUGCCUGUAAACAAGCAUAUAAUAACUUUGAUCUGUUUGUUGCUCAUAAGCAGAAUGAGUGUCAGAUGCCUUCAGAUACUCCUCCAGCUCCCAGCGUUGUUCAGACGAUUGCAGAAACCAGUCCAGAAUUUAGUUUUGAAGAGACAUGCCAGCCAUGUAUGCCCAAUGACAAUAAGAAGGCUCAAACUAAAUCACAGAUAGCAUCUUUGAAAAAGGUUCGGCCCACAGUCACAGCAAAGAAAAUGGCCUGCUCCUUUCCAGGUUGUUCCUUUAAAACUCACUAUGGACAGAAGGAUAUGGAAAGACAUUUAAAGACACACACAGGAGAGAAGCCCUUUGUAUGUGAUGUAUGCAGCAAACGUUUCAGCCGAAAGGAUAAAUUGACAAUGCACAGUCGCUCACACACAGGAGAAAAGCCUCACAAGUGCAAAUAUUGCAAUUAUGCUGCGGCUGACAGUAGCAGCUUAAAAAAGCAUCUUAGGAUUCAUUAUGAUGAGCGGCCUUUUAAGUGUCAGAUAUGCCCCUAUGCAAGUCGAAACUCCAGCCAGCUAACUGUUCAUCUGCGCUCUCACACUGGAGAUGCUCCUUUUCAGUGUCAUCUUUGUGAAGCAAAAUUCAAAAUUAACUCUGAUCUAAAAAGACACAUUCGCAUCCACUCUGGGGAGAAGCCUUAUAAAUGUGAAUACUGUGAAUAUAGAUGUGCAAUGAAAGGAAAUUUGAAAUCACACGUACAACUGAAACACAGCUCAGAGGACACAUUUAAGUGUAACAACUGUGACUUUCAGUGUGGAAAUAAGACUGCCCUCCGACAGCAUGCAAGAGAGCAUCAACAAGGACAACCAUUUAAAUGUUCCAAAUGUAGUUACUCAUGUUCCAACAAAGGGGCCCUGAAAGUACAUGAGAGGAUACAUUCAGAGGACCGACCUUUCAAAUGUGAUUCAUGCAAUUUUGAUACAAAGCAACGUAGCAAUCUUAUUAUGCACAAGAAAAAGUUUCACUCGGAUAAAGUUAAAGUUCGAAGUCAAGGCAAAGGUCGGAAAGCAGAAGACUGCCCCAAGCAGGGCAGUACUCGUUAUCGAGCCAAACUUGAUGCAGCAAAAGCUUUUCAAUGUGACCUUUGUGAAGCAUCAUUUGUCCGAGAAGAUUCAUUGAGAAGUCACAGGAAACAGCACCGGGAUUUACGGGUAAUACCAAGCAAUACUCUAGCAGUUCUGCAGCUCCAGCUACAUCAUGGGGAUCAGCCCAGUUCUCCUUCUCAUCUAAAUCAACUUCAGGUUCCCCUCCAGUCCAACCAGGUUUCUUCUUACAGUGAUGGACAUCUCAAAAUCAUUGUUGGCCAUCAACUAGGUCAUGAAAAUACUUUUCUACAGUCCACUACCAGUGAACACCAGCAUAGCACAGACUCCUUAAGCACAGAUAACCAGGACCACAGUAAACAAGUGAAUGGUACACAGAUUGUACAGCAGGUUAGUAUGAUAUCACCUGUGUCGCAUAUGGCUCCCCGCAGUGAAGUGAACUCGGUGGGUCACCAAACAGUCCUGCUUACACACAUCACUCCAGGGGCAAGUGAUUCUUUACACCAAGCUUUGAUUCAGACAGCCUCUGUUACCUCUCAGGACUCUGGUAGCAACCCAACCUUUAUCACAACAUGCUCUGAUCUUGAAGGCUUAAAUGCACUGAUCCAGGAAGGAGGGACUGAGGUUACAGUUGUAACUGAAGGAAGCCCCAGUGUUUCUGUAUCAUCAUCCACUAUCACAACUCCAUCAAUCAUUUCAUCAUCUGCUCCUCAAGUGUUGACUUCAAAACAGACUGUUGUUGUCCACAGUGGCCCCGUGGCAGAGGAAUACAGCAACAUCAUGGUCCCUUUGUAUCAGUAUCAGUAGUAAGACAACCUCUGGGUGCUAGUCUUGCUAGCCACACAUUUCAAGUCUGCUCAAGAUAAGCUGCAAACCCCCCAAAAGGUUGCACUUCUAUAAAGUUAGAGGAUUAACCAAACGUAUUUGCACCUCAGCCAUGUACAAUGUAGAGAAUAACCUAGAUAUUAGCUGUACCAAAAAUGGAAACUGAAGUAUUAGUAUGUCAGAGAAUUAAAGACUGGUUUUAUUCAUUUUACAGAAAAACAAAAAAUAAUAAUUUAUGUUGUUUUUAUGAGAAUUAUAUUGCAUUGUAUAUUUAAUUGCCAAGUCUUUUUGUCCCAUGCAGUUCAAAAUGAUGCAUAGUCUGGAAAUACAAAGGUAUAAAAAAACAUUUCAAACUGAUAUCUAUUUUGUAUAUGUUGCCAAGAAAAAUAUAUUUUACUAGAAAGAUUGUCCUUCAUUUAAUAGUGUUUCUGUAAACUUUAUAUGCAAAAUGUAAUGCCCAUGCAAAAAAUGGCUUCAAUGUGCAGUACAUUUCACAUACAUUCUGGUUUUUGUAAGAAUGAACAUAUAUAUUAUGUAAGUACAAAUCCCAAAACAGCCCUUGACUUGUAUUGAUGCAUUUCUACCGGUACAUAUAGUAGUAACACUGACAGAACCACAGAAACAUUUGCGGGAUCUCUCUGUCCUGCUUGUCUACAAAAACACCUUCAGAGUAAAUAAAAGGCAUAUUACCGAAAUUAAUACAUGAUUUUUUAAAUGAUUAAAGCUUUUGUAUUACUUUGCUUAUACUUUGUAUGCUACAACCCUGUGCAGAUGAAUUAAAUAACAUUAUAUUGUAUUUGAA